AUGACGGUCGAGCGGAUCUCGAUGCGUAUCAACGACGGUAUGAUUGUCAGGGAUCGACAUGUGUCGAAGAUUGGACAUUACCUGAGCGGGAAUGCCCAACAGUUCUUCAAGCGGGUCGUCAAGAGCCCAGAGGAGUGGACCGUCCGGGAAUUUUUCAAUGAGCUAUUCAACUAUUGCUUCCCGGAUGGAUUCAUGAACGAGAUUCGAAGGCGCUGGAGGAGCUGGCGCCAGCGCAAGUCGUCCGUUAAGGUAUAUGCAGCCGCGAUGGAAGGAUUCCGCGAUGAUUUAGGGGACGAGAUUUCGGAUCGUCAGUUUGUGCAGCGGUUCUGGGAAGGACUAGAUGACGAAAUCAGCCGCGAACUGUAUCGAGAUCGACUACAUCCUGACAUUGACACGUACGAAGACGUCCUGGAGUGCGCUAUUGUCGCCGAACGUGCUAUCAACAAACCCUCCAUCGUGGAGGCUCCUUGA